AUGCGUGAGUACCUAGAAAUAAUAGAUUCUCUUAAAAGUGAAAAUAAAAAGCUGAAAGAAAAGGUGCAGUUGUUGGAAACUAAAGUAGAAGAUAUGGAGCAAUAUUCUCGGAGGAACUGUAUUGAAAUACAGGGAGUUCCAUCUAGUCAUGACGAGGUAUUAGAUAGUGUGAAGAACGUGGGUCAGGCUCUAGGCAUGGAAAUAACCGAAUCAAUGGUUGAUGCAUGUCAUUUACUGGGGAAAAGACCUAAUGCUACUGAUCCUCCGGGAAUUAUAGUGAAGUUUGUACGAAGAAUUGAUGCUGAGACUUUGUUGUCAAAAAGAAGAGGUAAGAAGCUGUCCACCAGGCAUCUAGGACUUUCAACAGACUCUCCUGUCUAUGUUAAUGAGUCUCUAACACCGGAGAGAAGGAGGCUAUUUGCCAUGGCUAGAAAUGUUAGGUCUGAUAAGAACUAUAAGUGGCUAUGGGUUAGAGGUGGGAAGAUUUUUCUUAGAAAAUCUGAUGGAGAACCAGUUAUACUUGUAAAGUGCCAAGCUGACUUAGAAAAAUU